AUGCUCUCGCGGUCGAAUCUCCCCAGUUACACCUGCCCUCGCCCUCUCUUCAAGCUACAGGACUUUCUGUCACAACUCUCAUUUCAGACGACGCCGUCCGACCGAGACAUUGCGUUCGCGGUGGUUUCUCAUCCUUACCUCCUCGACCACAAGAAUCACGCGCUUGCGCUCGCUACGGUGAGUACUGCCGUCAUCGCCGGCCACUGGGAACGUUCCGGUCGUGCGUCAGAGCCGGCCACGCACGCACUGCAAAGACCGAAGCUGACCCUGCGUUUGCUGUGAACACCAGCUGGCUCAUGCUCGCCUCUUGCAACUCGGUGUUGCCGACAACACCAUCGACUUGAGAAAGUUGAAAGGCGCCGUGUCGAAGGCCCGUUCGGAACCUGGCAAGCAUGUGGGUCGCCGCUUUGCUGGGUCGUCUCGGUGUUUGGUGGUGUGAACUCUUGUGAACUUGCGCCGGCUGAUGACGUGCCCUCGGUGGGCUGGCUCCGACCCUCUUCCUUGCAUCCCUCGAAUGAGCAGGCCAAGGACGCUGUUGCAACGAGCAAGCAUCCUCAUACCGCCGCCAUCGAAUGGUACAGAAAAUCGCAGUGUCCGGUAGGAAUGGGAACCCCGACGCAAGUUUUCGUCGUCUACUUUCGUCUUUUGGUACGUCACCGGGCGUUGUAGCCGACCGCCGCCGAUGGCUGUGCUCGUCGAUUGAUCCUCGGCGGCAGGGACUGACGUAGCACCUGCUCGACUCCCGCCCCGGGGCCCCCGCUCCCACCCGCCGACUUCCUGGUGGCCGUAAUAGAUGACGAUCGCCGUAGGAAAGGCCGAGGAACAGACCGUCUCGGAUGCGUACGGCGCGUGGGUCGAGACGAAAUCAGAGGCCGUCGUCGAACAAUACGCCAAAAUGGUGGCCGAGAGUCACGGCAGCCGCAAACCUCGCUUCGAGGAGUGAGUGUCCAGCGUCGGGUCCCAUUCCCCACCCGCGGACGAUGGUGCCACCUGCAUCUUUCGGCUCCGCCCCGAUGUUCACACCCACUCACACGUCGCCCGUCGCCCAUGACGAUUUUUUCCCUUUCUUUCUUCUGCCGAUAGGGUCGUCGCCGGAUUGCUCCCCGGCGAACUGAUUCGUCACGAUGACACCGAAUCGCUCGUCACUACAGUCGGGCAGCUUGACCCUGGGGUCUGGCCUUUACAACGAGCGAUCGACGAUAUCGCUCAUUCGGACGGCGCGAUUCAUGUUGCUGGCAUCGACAAGGUGAGUACUACUAGCCGCGAGUCUGAUCUCGGGUGGCAGAGCUCGGCUCCGAGACUGUACCACUCCCAAUGGAACCAGUAG